UUAAUUACUUGCUUUUUUCUAGAAAGUUUUUGAAUUUUCUUAAAUUUCUUUUGGAUAUGAAUCCUUGCUCGACCCUUUUAUUCUUUUUAUAUAACUUUAUCUUCAUGAAAUGAUGUUCAAAAGUGAAGAAUACGAGUUUCAAUUUGAAUUAUAAAAAAUAAAAAUAAAAUCUUCUAAUUUUAUGUGAAUUUUCUUUUUUAAGUUCAUUCUCUUUACACAUGAAAGUAGUGCACUUUUUCUUAGUUCCCCCUCUACACAUGAUAGGAGAUAAAGCAUAGAAUAAAAAGGAUAUUGGACUUGUAACAUCCAUGGCUGCAGAAAUAGCUCAACCUAAUGUUACAUGUUCAAAACCAUCUUCUACACUGGAGAAAAAAGUCAGACCACAAAAAGAUCAAGCGGUAAAUUGCCCACGGUGCAAUUCAACAAAUACCAAGUUUUGUUACUACAACAACUACAGUCUUACUCAACCAAGAUAUUUAUGCAAGACUUGUAGAAGGUAUUGGACCGAAGGUGGUACUCUAAGAAAUAUUCCAGUUGGAGGUGGUUCAAGGAAGAAUAGGAGAUGUUCAUCUUCAUCAUCAUCAAUAUCAACAUCAUCUUCCCAAAAGCUUCCUGAUCUAAACCCUAAUCUAAGUCUUUCUUAUCAAAACCCUGAUUAUAAGAUUAAUCUUGGAAGUAACCAAGAUCUUAAUCUAGGUUUCCCAUCUAUUAUACAUGAUCAUAAUAAUUACUUCCAUGGUGUUCCUCAGUUUCUUGAAUUUCCUAAAAUGGAAAGGGGCAAUAGUGGAAUCCAUCGGUCAACUUCAACUUCAAAUACUACUCCAGUUUCGGCCCUGGAUCUUCUUAGGACCGGAAUUGCCUCAAGAGGGUUAAGUUCAUUUAUCUCAUCACCAGCACCGGAUUUAAACACAUUGUACACAUCAAGUUUUUCAAGUGGCGUUCAAGACAACGGUGCAAAAAUGAUGUUCCCAUUUGGAUGCUUGAAUAAACAAUUUUCAGAUAGAAGUGUUGAAGCUGAAAAUCAUAAUAAUGAGAGUAAGGGGCAGGAGAAUAAUUCAAGUGCUGGGUAUUGGAAUACUGGAAUGUUAGGUGGAGGAGGAUCCUGGUGAAAGCAAUAUUGUGCAAAAACCUCACUUUGUAAUUCUUGUUUGUUUGUGUUUUUUUUUCGGUGUUGUAAUAUUAUUUUUGUAUCAUUUGACAUGCUUUGAUCAUUAAUUUGUUUGGAAUUAAGAUAGAAGAUAGAUCUGGUUUCAUUGUUUGACACUUACUAUUUAUCAGUGUUUCUAAUGUUGGAUCAUAACCACGUAAUCGCUGCUGAAUUGUUAUUUUCA